AUGUCACAACUCAGCUCACCAACUGAGAAGAGAGUAAAAUCAAACACAAUAUCACGACUAUCACUGCUUAGACUAUCUAAAUCCGCAGCGCCCCCUUCAUCAUCAUCAAACCUUCUAGACCCCAACACUCCCAUAUCAACAAAAAUACCACCAAAAAGAACUAAAGAUGAUACCAAUACUUCACAAUAUCAAGACAUCAAACCCAGAACGAAACAUUCUGCAUUUGAAUUAGAUAUAACAGUAGACGAUGUAACCAAACAACAUCAGCAACAACAACGCCAACAGCUACUAGCACCACCAAUGGAGGACAGCCCAGUUGAAAACGGGGUCUCGAAACAUGAUUUAAGAAAAGCAGGAGAAUUAGCUUCAUUAUUCCUAGAUACCCGAAACAUCCUCCGGGCUGACUGUAAUAUAAUCGACCCAUUAGCCAACACUGCCUCCCCAGACUCACCUACAUCCCCAAAACUUGGCAAUGGCAAUACUCAUAAAGGAAUCUCCAUAUCCCGAAGCACCCAAUUCCGUGCAGAAAAAGUAAAGGCAAUGCUAGGGAUGAAAUAUAUGUAUAUCGAACGAAUCUACGAAUGGCGACUCGCCCACAGUGGAGAACAAAACCGAAAUGAACAUCCAGGAGUAGAAGGUGUAUAUAAUCCAUUACAAAUUAUUCGAAAUCGGAAAAUUAGGGCUAAGCAUGGAGAAUUCCCCAAUCCAUUACCUGCAUCAAUUCCAUUAGCAUGUAAUGUAUUCAGUCGUCGGAAUCGCGAUCCAAGACUUCAAUCGAAAAACAGCACCAAGCGACCAUGGAGGAUGAUUUGGGCGGUGGAAUUGGAUGAGUUUGUUGGUGAUCCAAGAUGGAGAGCUCAUCAUUGGCAUGAAUUAAGGAAUUCGAGGGGGGAAUUGUGGUUUCCUCCUCCAGGGGGAGGAAAUAAGUCGAAGAAAUUAACUAAAAGAUUGCAUGAUAAAUUAUUCGAUAGUAAUAAUAAUAAUAAUUCCGGAGUUUCAUCAUUAUCAUCGGAUGAAGAUCAAGGAAGCCUGAUAAAGCGUCCACUACAUACCCGAAGUCGAUCUGCAGGGACGACGACUUCUGAUUCAGAUAUUCAUCUAAUCAAGAUCUCGAGAUCGAAAUCUCCAUCCAAGAAGAAGAAAUUACGUCACAAAAUGAAGAAAUUAUAUCAGGGGACUAGUAGUACAGGGGGUGGGGGGAAUAGUAGUAGCAGUGGCAAUAGUGAAAACAAUCCCAAUUCAUCCACAUCUUCGAAUGUGUUUAAUGACGAACAAUCGACUACUGAUCAACAAGUAAAUUCAGAUGGAGUUGAUCAGUUGAGUACACAAAUGUUUAAACGAGUGAAUCUUUCUCAUGACACUGAAAGCAUGGAUAAUGAAGAUAGUGAUAAUGGACAACAACAAGAUAUUAAUGAUAUGGCUUCUGUGCAUAUUGUGCCUACUAUUAUGGUUGACCCAGUGGCUUCGCCAUCACAACAGGUCGAUCAUUCCAUCCAGGAUGUUGAGUUCGUUUCGACCCAAAAACGGGCGAGUGAGAUAGAACAAGCGUCAUCACCUGAAGAAGGCGAGGACAACACGGGAGAAGGAGAGGAAGAGAAUGGAGAGGUUGUUAGUGGUGAAGAAGAUGAAAUCUCCCCCGAGCAUUGUCGACUCAUGAUUGAUCAAAAUGAACAAGAUUUCUCAGAAAUUUAUACCAAUCUCCAAGACGUCAAUCAUUCAAUUAUCCUUCAUCGGAAUUUCUUGAUGUAUAUAUAUCCAAUCUAUCUCGAAUUAGUCCAACAUAAAGUCGAUGAUAUUACCCAUAAACGAAUCUAUGAAAUUUUUGAUCAAAUGUCAAAUAUCAAUGAGGAUCAAUUACCGGUAUAUGAAGAAUUAUAUCGGGGUUUUUUGGAUGAGAUAAAAUCGGUGAUCCAUAUGGUUAAUGACAAUUAUUCCGUCAAGAUCGAUACGUUGUUAAGUUCGAGUGAUCGGGCCAUUAGUGAGAUCAAUGCGUUAUUAUCAUUAGAAUUAAGAAAAGUUACAGAAAGAUUAGAUAUUCUUGAUUCAUCCGUGCAUUCGAAAAAUAUCCAAUCUAAUUAUAAUAUUAUUGAGAUCGAUUUGGGUGAUUGUGAAUAUAUAUAA